AGGGAUCGUUUAACUUUGUGAGCAACCGAUUUAAAAAAAUCUCAAAGUAAGAUGAAAUAUGUUUAUGAGUAUAUGUAUUUGUGUCUAAAAACACUGGAAAUCGUCUUUAUUUGUGAUGAAAAGUUGUAAGUUGGUGAUAAAAUAUGAUUAUAUUUUCAACCGUCUACUAGACGAAAUUUUGAAAUUCGUAAUUCAGAAUUAAAUGUGAGUCUCCCUCUGCGUUGAGAUCGUACCUUUUCCUCAAGAGAAAUGUCAAUCAACGUCACGGGUUUUCUAUAGCGCGCGCUCGCUGUUGUGCUUGCUGGUUAGCUGUGCAGACGUGGCCGCGGCCGUCCUGCACCGUAGGCCGGGGCGGGCCCGGGCGCACAUGCAUGGUCAAACCGUAAACAUUACAUUCAGCGCCACGGAACCCACGUAUCACUUCUCACUGCACUGCUUCUUCGAUCUGCAUUACUUACAUUGUCAUUUUACUGCCUUAAUUGCCGGUUCAAACGGUAGUCGAAGUAUGGACCAGGAGGUGAAAGUUCGCUUGAAAAGAAGAAAAACAGACUCUGAAAAAAAGGCGAUGAGGAGAGAGCGCAACAAAAGAUACGGUCAGAAAACAUUUCAGGUUCCAGUUGAACUCACGAAGGAGCUUAGGAGAAUCGGCGAAGUGGAAGGGUUGUCAUCCGACAGGGACGUUCUAUCCCAUCUCGUAUCUAUGUACAACAAGGUACAAGAAGAGCAGUCCCGAAAUUCAGAAGAAAAUCUUGAUGUUACAACUCCUCGUCAUAAAGAAGUCGGCACUCCAUUGUCCGCAAAGAGCAUUCCAUUCUUCAACUCCCCACUAGUACCCAGAAUGGAACAGAGAACACAACGCAUUCCAGAGUCACAGUCAGACAGGUCUGGAACAUCAAUAUCCGGGAUAGAAGAAAUGAGCAUGAGUGACAUGGAGCCAAUAGCAGAGUUGGAAAGUCCACAAAAUCAAGAUAGACCUAAGUUUCCUGAUGAAAUGACAGAUCAAGAGAGUAUGCAGAACCAUGAACAAUCUGAAAAUGAUUUUGAAGCCAUAGAAGAGGGGGAUUUCAUUUACCCACUUGAUACAGAGUCGGAAGAGGAAGAUGUAGAGCUCUGGCAUCCAUCUUACUAUCAAGAGAGAGCCAUUGCCAAGACCCUGCCACGCAUAGAUGUGGAGGAGGAGGUUUUUGGCAUUGAGAGUGAAGCAGAGGAGGAGGAGGAGGAGGAGCGUGAAACAAGAACUGUAUCCGGCCUCCACAAAACCCUGUUGACCGGGCAGGAGGCAGAGAAAGCGAGAUUGUUUCUGGCUUCAGAGGGAGCUCUUAAGGCACUUGCAAUAGAGGCCAGGAAAAUGUGCAAAGUGUGCGAGGAGCCUAAUCAGGUGACCGUUAAUCCAUCGGGCACAUCAGGGCACAUUGAGUGGACUUGCAGCAAUGGUCACAAGGAUAAAUUUUGCAUACAGGAGAUGAUAAAUAGAACCCAUGUAGGGGAUGUCAAAUUAGCCACCUCCAUAGUUGUAUCAGGGAACAAUUUCCUGAAAGUUCGGCACAUGUUGGAGGUGAUGGGCCUGCAUCCUAUCUCCAGCAGGCUCUUCCACUCAAUGCAGAGCCACUACAUUUUCCCAGAAGUGGAGGACACCUUCAAUAACUAUUUGAGUGAGAAGGGCAAUGAACUGAAGGAGAAACAUGUAGUGGUGUGUGGUGAUGCGAGGAAUGACUCGCCUGGAUUUAGUGCGCAGUACUGCACGUACACGCUUUUGGAGGAGGAGACGAAGGACAUUGUCCAUGUGGAGUUCAUGGACAAGCGGGAGGCAGGGGACAAGAGUCCAAACAUGGAGCCUCUUGCUCUGGAGCGUGCUUUGGAGGCUGUAAAGGCGAAAGGUGUCAGCCUCUCGGAGCUUGUGACGGAUGCUCACAGCACAAUUGCUGCAAUGAUCAAGAGGGAUUACCCAGAACUGAGGCACAGUUGGGAUAUAUGGCAUGGUGCAAAAAAUCUUGCCAAGAAGUUAACCAAGGCCGCAAGUACAGCAAAGACAAAACCACUCAGGUAUUGGGUGAAACGCCUUGUGAAUCACUUCUGGCAUUGUGCUGAGACAUGCGAGGGCAAGGUAGACCUAUUUUACAGCAAGUGGCGAGGAAUAGUGCAUCAUGUUUGUAACAAGCAUGAGUGGCUGUUGACUGAAGGCCUCGGGGGAGAGCCACGAUGUGAGCAUGGCGAUAUCGAAGAAAGGGAGGAGUGGCUCCUGCCAGGUUCACCGCCCCACAAGGCUCUUGUCCGAUUAGUGAUGGACAAGAAGUUCUUGAAUACUCUGGUGAAAUUUGUGAACUUCAGACAUACAGGAGAGCUAGAGGUACUACAUAACCAUAUUCUGAUGUAUUGUUCGAAGAGAUAUUCAUUUGGUUAUGCAGCAUACAGGGCCCGCAAUCUUCUCGCUAUGAUAGAUUAUCAAGAACACAAGGACAGACCGCUAGCACUAAAGGAGAAUGGAGAUCCAAAAUUGCGAGCUAAAUGGUCCAAGCAUGCAAGUGACUGGGUGACCAUCAAGGUCCGAACUGCUAAGAAGUACACUUAUAUGCCAGGGAUGGUGAGUCGCAUCCUAGAACGGAGAUGCCGAGAUGAUCAACCUCUGCAUCGGCCAGCAGUAAUGCUUCCAAAUGACCCAAGGCAGAUCCGUAGAAGUCUGGCACCACUUCCAAGGCCACCGAUGGAAAACCUCCUUGAGAAAAAAAAGAGCAGGUUUAAUUAGAAUGA